AUGGAAGGGACAAGAAAGAUCAUGAGAAGAUCUAUCUACAAUUUCCUUCAAAACUAUCAAAACUUCACCACAAUUGCUGCUCUGAUCGCUUUCCCUUUUUCUGUCUCAGUUCUGCUCUCACAAUCCUUUGUUGUUCCUUCAUCUUCUUCUUCUUCUUCAAUCCAUAAUAGGUUAAGAGCUCUGUUUGAGGCUGCAGGGGUGCCUGGAUCUUCUCAACCCUUCACAAUUCUUAUUCACAAGCUUUCUCAAACAAUCUCUUCUUCAAUCUUUACUCUUCCAUUUAGUCUCACUUUCUUUCUUAUCUCUAAAGCAUAUGUAAUUCAAACUCUCCAUCAAAAUAAACCCACUUUGCUUCUCUACAAACCUCUGUUUGUUACUCAUUUAUGCAAUUUGUUCAUAGUCAUCUCCGCGAAUGCAACCUCGUUGUCUGUUUUCUUCUUGGGGUUCAAUCUUGUUCAAGAAACUUUGGUUUCUUCUCCCAACUGGGUGUUCAUAUUGUCUGCUACUGGUGCUGUAAUCUAUUCGGUGAUUCUUGCGAACACGGUGGUAGUUUUUAAAUUGGCAUUGGUUUUGUCUGUCAUUGAAGGUUGUGGUGGAUGGAUUGCAAUUCUUAAAGCUUUGGUUUUGAUGAGAGGGAGAACAACAACUGCACUUUCUCUUGCACUUCCUGUGAGUAUGGUUCUUGCAGGGAUUGAGGCAUUGUUUCAAUAUAGGAUAGUGAGAGGAGGUGAUAGAAGUUAUGGACAUGCUUCCACUCCUGCUGCUAUGGCUGUGGAGGGGAUGUUGAUUGCUUACUUGUACUCAAUUUUUGUGGUUCUUGAUACUGUUGUCAAUUAUAUGUUCCUCAAGAGCUGUAUGAGGAUGGUGGAACAAGAAGCUAUGAACUCUUACAGGAUUGGUUUUAUAGAGCAGGAGAGUGAUGUAGGACUAGUGGCAUAUCAUUUAGAAAGAAAACCGACUAGUAGGAUUGCAAAGCCACGUUGUUAG